CUCAAAAGUCAUACUUUCCUUGUCAUUAUUAGUAAUUAAUUUGCAAACACUCUUCCUUUGAAGAAAUUCCUUAAUUUCUAUCGUUCUUCUCACUCGUUAAUUGUCCGAGUUUGUAAAGAAAAGAUAAUCAUCAUAGUUAUAAGAAGAACAGAUCUAGCUCGAUACUACCGGAUUAUCAGAACUUAUAGCUUGAUGAUCGAAAUACCCGAUUUAUCAGAUCAGGAAUAUCCAUCUGGAUUGGAUCAGAAACAACAGCAUUAUCAGCAAUCUCUUCAGCAAGGAAUGGAAUUUAAUCAAAACUUAAGCGAAGAAGGUUAUGACGACCUAAAUCAACUUUAUUCUCACGGGAAUGGAGACGAAUUUGAAAACCACAAUGAUGAUACCCAUGGUACUUCUAACCGUUUUGAUAUGAUGCAUGGGCAAGAUCCAAGUCCUGGUUUUAACUUUAGCAAUGAUCAAAUAAUUAACGAUCAACCGGCAUCCGAUCUUACAGACUCCACUGCUCAAUUAAAUAUAAAUUCUCCUCCUACUGAACUAAAUCAAGAAUAUGAAAUGUCGGCAGACCUUUCAAAUAUAUCUAGUAUUCAAAGAGCAGAAGAUAGUAGAGACCUUUCUGAAGACAACAUAAAACUUGGUUCUUCAAUGAUUGGCUCAUCAGUACAAAAUGAUCCAAAUGAAAUUUAUCAAAAUACUAGCGGCUUCAAAAUUGGUCCUCGUCAGUCUAUAUCAAGUUUUAAACCUCCUAAGACUACUAUUCCUAACGAAUCUGAAAUAUCCUUGGCCUUAUCCGAAGGAUCUCAAGAAGUUACUGCCCACGUAAUAGAAUAUAAUACUGCUAAAGCUCUACCUAUCCAGAAAAUCCAACCCGAUACUUUUACCCUUAAAUCCAAACCACCAACUUUUUCAUCUCCGAUUUCAAAUGCUCCCGUCAAAGAGCACAUAGAACCUUCUCCUCAACUACCUCCUCCCUUAUCCGCAACUUCAAUGCAGAGAUUGAGAUUUUCAAAUGGUGAAGAAUUCGGAACUAUGAGAAGAGAUUUAGCAACGGAUCUGAAAAGCCCUGCUGAAUACACUCUUCACAUUAUAUUCACUCAAUUCGUUCGUCAUGCUGAACGUAAAUUGAACUUAUGCAUAGAUUAUCCAUUAACUGAAGAACCUCCAAUAAUCGACUUACUUUCCGAAGGAGUUGAUCCUCAAUUUGAUAAAAUAGUGGCAUCCUUAGGAUAUAUAGCAAGAAGAAAACCAAAACCGGUUAUUGAUAGUGUUAUGUUUUGGAGAAAAAAUAAAAGUGAAAUUGCAUCUUUGGCGGCUUCUGAAGUUGAAAAAACUUUGAAUCACGCUAAAGCUAACUUAUCAAGAGCUCAACAACCCAUUGACAAUUCGGUUGGUCCUAAUAACCCAGGAAUAAUGAAAAAUAGUAAUGUAGCUGGAAGAGGGAAGAGAAGUCUUAGUUUAAUGAGAACCAAAAGUUUUUCGAAAAUGUCUCAUCGUCGAAAUCAAUCCGCUUCAUCGGCUGUAAGCAAUUCUAUUACUAGAUCCCCAAGUAUCGAACAAGUUAGACUGCUGUAUGAUAAUGAUUUUAUUAAACAAAAAACAUUCUACGACGAUCAAAUAGUCAAAGCUAGAGAAACUGCCAUCCAAGCUGAACGCAAAUCAUUAGCGUCUAUUUACAUUUUAUGUCGUGUUUUAAUUGAAGUUGUCAAGCAAACAUCUCCAGAUAUAAUGGGUGAUGACUUAGGCGAUAAGCUCGAGGAGAUAGUUUAUACCCAAUUAAAAACCACGGAUCCUAUAAGUACAAGCGAAUCCUUAGUCAGAUCAUCCAAUUGGAACUUAUUUGCUGAAUUAUUAGGUUUUAUGUCUGAACAAAGAUUCUUAAGUGUUACUGAUCGUUUUAUAGCCGAUCUCGAGAAAAUCCCAUCCCAAGUGAAACAGGAGGAUGAGCCAAGGUUACAAUUAUUGAUCCAUGGAAUGAGAUACUUGAAGCUUACAAAUUAUCCUUUGGAAGUAUUUGAAGAAAGUGCUGAAUUCAUUUUCUCUUUGGCAAAAUUCUUCAUCAAAUCUCAAAAUGAAUCAAUAAUUUAUGCAUAUUGUGAAGUUCUAAGUAAUCUUGUUUUACCAUUGGCUAACAUAUUGACCGCAGAAACUAAUUAUCCAACGUGGGUUGAAGCUAUAGAAGGAAUUUAUAACAAAGCAAGUUUUAUUUGGAAUCAAAUGAUGAAAUCAAUGCCCUUGAAUACAAACAAUGGAUGGGCUUAUUCUAUUCAUUUAUUAACGUCCAUGUUAUCUGUUUCUCGUAAAGAAUUAUUUUCAGAAGCUUGGUUUGAUAUUAUUGAGAAUAACAUCUUUAAAUUGAAACCAAAAGUUGAUCGUGGUGAUAAGACUACUUUCAUCGUUUGCGUUACUAGAUUAACUUGGGUUUAUAUUUAUCGUUUGACAGAUACCUUGAAUAACACCGUUAAGAAACUCGACAGCUUAUUUGAUUUGAUCUUUUUCAAUCCUAAUGUUAAUGGUAAGAAAAACCAAUGGAUUACUUCAGAAGUAGAUUUGAUAAGCGUUUUAGUUGAGUUCAUUCGAAUCGUUGGUUACCGUCACUUGAACUAUGUUUUAGAUAGUGUUUUAUUAAGACUUUUGAAACAAAGUUUCAAUGGUUCUACAUUGGAAAAUAUUUACCCAGAAAAGAUCAUUUUGGUGAUAAAAGCUUACUUAGUAAUCCUUGAAGAUUAUGAGUUGGGGGAAAAGCCGGUUUUUCCUGUUGAUGAUGUUUUCAACAAAAGGCUUUUGAAUGACUAUGUUUUAAACAGUGAUGAAAGCCACGCCCACCAGAAGAAUAAAGAUGACAAUAAGGCAGAAGAUUCAAAUCAAGAAAAAUUAAGACUAAACGAAUUCAUGCUCAUUGCUAAGAACUCAACAAAUGCAGCAUCUCAUGAUGAAAUAUGCAAAACAUUUGCUACCUUGCUUAAGCUAUUGGAUAGUCAAUGUGGCUCUGAUGCAUGGUCACUUGAAAGUAGUAAUGCUACGACUCCUGUAGCAUCAAGUUUUUCAAAAUCGCAAUCAGGAUUUUCGUUUCAUUUUAAUCUCGACUUUUCUUAUCCAUCUAAUCAAAAUUUAAACAUUGAAUUAUUUGCAUCUCUCAUCGAGGCAGUUCCUUGGGCAAUCGUUCCUUUAUCGGGUGAAAAAAGAGGAGCUCCCACGAUUGGAAUUCAGUUUAAAAGUGUUGUUGAACUUUUAACAAGAAAUGCAGUGCAUUCUAAUUAUGUGAUAGCCAAUGCAUCAAUAAAUGCACUUAAGAAGUUGGCUUUCAGAAAAAAUCCAAGUAAUUUGAUAACCAUAUUUGCCAAGAUCGCUUUCAGAUUCAGCGACAAACCGGGUCCAAACUAUGAUGCCGAUUACUUAAAUUCUCAUGAGUUCAAUGUUCUUCUUAAAAUUUACGUAGACCUAUUGAAUUGCUGGUUGAAGCAAUUCAAUGACUUAAAUGAUGGCAAGGGUAACGAAUCUGGGAAUCCAUUGGCUCAAGAUGAUGAAAUGAUGAAUAAUGAUAUUUUAAAUGACUUAUAUCAAAUAAAUCAUAAAAAUGGUGACUUGAGCAAUGAUGACAACAUAAAAAGUAACUUCGGACCAAGCGAGGAGUUAGAGUGGAAGACUAUAAUCACUGUCAUCGAAGAGGUUGAAGGUAAUGGUUUAUUUUUCCUCUGCUCUCAAGAUUCCAAGGUAAGACAUUAUGGUGUUUCUAUCUUGAAACUUGUUGAGCAAUUUGAUCAAGCCAUAUUUAAUAUGACAAACGGUGGAAAUAUGAAAUGUAAGGAUGCAUCAACUAAGAGUCACUCGAGAAGCUCUUCUAAAUUUGCUGCUGAUAUCGGGACUAGGCUAAUCCAUGUUUUUGAAGAUUUGGACUUUUUGGAAUUGAUCAAACCAUUCCGUAAAGAACUCAGUAUGCCAGAAAGGAGCCGUCUCGCCAAACUUAAAAAUAAAAAGAAUAUUUUAGUCAAGUUGGCUGAAUCAGACUAUGGUAUUGAUUCCACUCUCUGGUUUAGGCUUUAUCCUAAAUUGUUGGAUAUUUUUUUCGAAAAAUGCCCAAUGCCAGUGGCAAUGUGUCGCUCUAUCGUUUGCGUUAGGAUGGUCCAAAUGCAUGAGCUUAUCUUCGAAUUUUCGGAAAGCUAUAAAAACUAUACUACCUCGUUGUUUUCAAGAUCCAGCAGCAACACACCCCCGGAGGUAUUAGUUAACCAAUGGAGAUUAUAUUUAAUUUUUGCUUGCUGCUCCUUGACUUCCACUAGUGAGCAAAAGAUUUCAUUCCCCAACCAACCAACUCACGGUAGAAAGAGAUCUUUACAAAUAUUCAUUCAACAUCAAAAGAUAACAAGUGCCAAAUCUGUUUUCCGUAUGGUCUUACCACUUUUGAAAUCUCAACAACCAAUGGUAAGAGAUGCCGUUAUAUUAGGAUUAAGUUGUUUGAAUAUUAAUAUAUUCAAACCAUUCUUAGAAAACUUGCCCGCUGCAAUGAAUGACUGGGACAUUAAUUCUAAGAAAAGAGAUCCUACUGAUGAUCGUCUUCGUAUUGAGAUAGUUCACAUUCUAAGUAAUAUCACUGAACGCUUCAAUUCUGAUCCAGUCAUAUACUCUGAUGAUUGGAUGAUUGCUAAUUUGGUAUCGAUAAUCAAAAAUGUCAAGUCAUUUUUAUCUAACUCAGUAAUCCAAACAGAUGUUGAAUUUCAAAGAUUACGUCGUUAUUUCUCCUGCUUCUUGAAAAAUGUUUUUUCAGGAUUGCAAAGAAAACCAAGCUUGAACAAAUGGAUCCCUUUUGAAGCUAGAAUUGGAUGUUUCAAUUUUCUUCGAGAAUGGUGUGGAUUUGGGGAUUCAAGUGAAAUAACGGAGGAUAGAUACACAGCUAUGAUCAAGAGGGUUGGUCAACUGAAGGAGGCUGCUACUGCUGCUGCUAUUCUCGAGAUCGAAAAAACUGCCCUUCAGUUUUCUGCUUUGAGCUGUAUGGCCGUCUUAUGUUCUGGUCCAAUGAAACAACAAAUUGAGGUCCCGGGCAAGCUUGCAGUUAUAUCAUUUGAUAUACCGGCUUUAAUGAAUUGGAUAUACUCUCUUUUGUCUUCAACCAAUGAACGGGCCGAGGAAAUUGGUAAACAAGCUUUGAAAAAUGUAUUGGUUUUGAAUAUUAAUAAUAGCGAAGUCUAUCAGGAUAUAGUUAAGCAAUGUUACAGUUCACACCAGUCCCUAAAAGUCACUGAAAACUAUUUCACCACGUUUGUCGAUGUUUUCAUGGAACAUCGUAAAAUGGAUGAACCUCCAUAUGACAUUUUCUGCUUGUCAACAUUUUUAGUUGGAUGUGAUAAAUACGAGGUGCGUUUCUUUGCAAUGAAACUUCUAAAGUUCAUUGAACUCAAAUUCUUGAAUAGUCUUGCUACUGACAGGUUUACUGAAAGUGUAUGUACUAAAACAAAGGUAGUUUAUAAGAAAGCACUUUUUGAUAUUUCGGCCCAGAUUGCUUCCAUACAUCCUAAUAGUGCAUUCAUAUGUAUAAGUUACCUAACGAUGUUUUUCAACCUUGUGGAUAAUGGUACAAGAAGAGAUAUUUUAGCUUGCUUACUUCCUUGGGUUCAAAAUGUUGAAUUAAAAUAUAAAUCAAGUAAGACACACGAGGCUGACUCUAAUGCAGUGAAAAUGACUAAACAAACUACGAAUGAUUUGGAUCCACCAUCUAUAAUGGUUUUAAAUAAUUUAUUCGAAAUCACGGUGAAGUUUAGCUCUAAGAUUUCAAAUGAAGUUGAAGCUUUAUGGGUGGCAUUGGGGAGUAAUCCUAGUAAUUUUGACAAGAUCAUAGAAUAUAUCACCAAUAAUUGUUUAGAAAGAAAGAAUGCUCUAUUUGUCGAGUACUCUCGCCAAAUCAUUGACUAUUUGGCUUUUUCACAGCCUGACCCAUUAUACAUCAUUGACAAGCUUAUUGGCAACUUGCAACCAAAGACUAUGGUACCUCCACAACCUUAUCUUACUUCAAAUACUUUCAAUGACUCCAAUAUAGGUGAUUUUCCAUACGUUGCAAAUCUUUGGACAAUGAUUCCUUAUAACGAUAAGGAUGCUGCAUUUUCGUUAGGUCAAUUGUCGAUGGUAUUUUUGGUUGAUUUGUUUACUGUUGAAAAUGUUAAGAUGAUUGAAAAAUUACCUUUAUUGUUACAUGUUGCCUUUUCUUUGUUAGAUCAUUUUCUACAGGUUGUUCAAGAGCAAGCAGGUUCAUUAUUAAUUCACUUAAUUCACGCUUUGGCGCCAAAUGAACCUAAGUCGACUGAAACCAUUGAUGUCUUGAGACAAAGAGAUCAUUAUAAAUACUUAUGGGUUUACGAUGACUUGAAUAACGACAAGAAGGGAGCUAGAACCCCUAAAAACAUGGAUUUACUUGCUAGGAAUAUUCUUGAAAUAUUUUCACCUUCAGUUCCUUCACUACAAGAAGAAUGGAGUAGAGUAUCAUUAAAUUGGGCAACGACCUGUGCUGUCAGACACAUCGCUUGUAGGUCUUUCCAAUUAUUCAGAUCUUUAUUAUCAUUUUUAGAUCAAGGGAUGUUGAAGGAUAUGCUUCACCGUCUUUCUAACACCAUUUCCGAUGAAGUUUUAGAUAUCCAAGGUUUUGCUAUGCAAAUCCUUAUGACUUUGAAUGCAAUGACUGCCGAACUUAGUUCUGAAAAACUUAUUGAUUUUCCUCAAUUAUUUUGGUCUAGUGUUGCCUGUUUAAGUACUAUUCACGAGCAAGAAUUCAUCGAAGUUUUAUCAACGAUGUCCAAGUUCGUUUCUAAAAUUGAUUUAGAUUCACCCGAGACUGUUUCUUGUUUAAUAUCCACCUUCCCACCCAAGUGGGAAGGUAAAUUUGAAGGCUUACAACAUGUUGUGAUGGUUGGUUUGCGCUCUGCCACUGCAUAUGAACCAACAUUAAGAUUUCUUGAUAAACUUAAUCACUUAAAGGAUAGUGAGGUUAUUGGUAAGGGUGAUUCAAGGCUUUUGAUAUCUGUUUUGGCAAACUUACCUAGGUUUUUGCAUGCGUUAGAUCAAAAGUCUAUAACUAAGGAUAUCGAAGAAACUGCAAUUGUUUUGAGUGAAAUGGCCGAUAGCUGCGAUAAGCCAGCUAUAUCAAGAAUUUUAGUUUCUUUAUCUAAGAAUAGAUUUAGAUCUAAAAAGGAUUUUUUGGUUCAGACCAUCUCGACUAUUAAGAAUGGGUUCUUCCCAGAAUUCGAAGCUCAAACGUUGGUAUUACUUUUAGGAUUCUUAUCAAACAAGAUAUCAUGGGUGAAAUUAGAAACUAUGAGUUUAUUGAAACAUUUCUUUUCAUUAGUGGAUUUACAAAGAGACGAAUUUUUGGGUGUUGGUGCUGAUCUAAUUUCACCUUUGUUGAGAUUGUUGUUGACAGAUUAUGCAGAGCCAGCAUUAGAGGUCUUGGACGAGGCGGUUGUGAUAUCGGGAUCUCAACUUGAUAGAGAUGUUUUGAGAAUGAGUUUAGGUAACUCAGCAAUGAAAAAAGAAUAUGAAAAGACUCGAACUUUGUUUGGUAUUCCUGAUGAAAGCGGAUGGGCUAUCCCAAUGCCAGCGAUGACUGCAGCCAGCACCAGACAUAAUGUUCAUUCUGUUUUCUCAACUUGUGCAGUUGCAUCUACAUCAGAAGAGUUUGAUGAAAAUGCUCAAAACAAAGACGAAGAGUUCCACUUCCAUUUGGAAGACUAUUACUCACCACCUGCCGACCAUGGUGACACUGUUUCUGUCAAUGUUGAAGAACAUGCUUCAUUAAGUAACAUGUGGGCUGCAUUAGAUGAUUUCGAUUCAUUCUUUACUAAAGAAUCUGAUCAAAAUGGAUCUGUUGCUAUGAAUCCACUUAUGUUGAAUGGUGCUCGCCGUGGUGAUAUACAAAGUCAUCAUAUCCAUAGUGCAUCAGUCGAUACCAAAUACAGUACUUCCUCUAAUGAUCCUAUUGCACCAAUGGAUUCUGCCCCUCAAGUUUAUGAUAAAAAUGCUUCAUUUAUCUUGAAUAGAAGUUUGGCAAGAACACAGUCCAAUACUUCAUUUAAGAGUAGUUUAGCAGACUCAAUGGGUGCCUCAAAUUAUGCGAGCCAAGGGUCAAAUGCCCCAAAAAGAUCAUACGUUCCAUUCAGAAACAGUAGGGCAACUUUUAAGAAUAAAAAUGAAACUUUUACUACUCCAGUUAUGCCCGUUUCACCUACAUUCGACCCCCAAAAUAAUCCAAAGCAGUAUAUAAAUGCUAGCUUAGCAACACCAACCCUAUCAUCUGCAUUCGAAUCAAGCACUCCUACUAUGUUAUCUCCCGAAAACAACCCGGCAUCUCCCCAUAACGAAAACGGCACUCGUUUCGAAGGUUUGUUAAGUGGUAAAAAGAAGUCUAAGAAGGCCAAUAAAUAUUCUCCCAAUGCUUCAACUUCCAGCAUUGGCCAGGAUGUCACCUCGCAAUACUGGUCUGCUACUAACACAGCGCCACUGUCUACCAAUAUGAGCACACCUACCAACUCUGCUCAAUCACCAAAAUUUUCAGCCAAAAUUUUCAGCCAAAAUUUGCGUGCACUUUUCUCUGCGCAACAGAAAAAAUUUUUAUUGUAG